AUGGCUGCAACUGCAAACCGUCGGAAGCAAGACGAUAAAAAUUUAGAAAUUUUACGUGAACUUAUUUCUUUAAAUGGAAAUAAGUAUUGUUUAGACUGCAACCAAAGGGGGCCUACAUACGUAAAUACAACAAUUGGCUCCUUUGUGUGUUCAAAAUGUUCGGGAAUGCUGCGUGGCCUCACGCCACCACAUCGCGUAAAGUCCAUAUCAAUGGCGACUUUUACCCCGGACGAGAUAGAAUUCAUAAAAGCACGGGGUAACGAUUACUGUAGGCGAGUGUGGCUAGGCCUGUACGAGGGUGAAAGUGUGAACUUUACUGACGAACAGAGCGUCCGGGAUUUUAUGUCCGAUAAAUACGAGAAGAAGCGUUACUAUUUGGAGCAGUUACCGAUUCCCGUGUCACAAACCAAUGGAAGUUCGACGAAAAAUAAAUCGAAAACGAAGACCGGAAGUAGUGCAAAUAGCACUCCGUUGAUAUCAAUUUCGCCUCAGACAUCGAAAGCUCCGGUUAACAAUAACACUAUGCUGAAUACGGCAAAAGUGGUGAAUAAUUUGCUACCAGUGGUGAAUGAAACGAGUCAUAGGGUAGCGAGGCCAAUGAACAACUUUCAUUCGCCUGCUCUGCUUAGUACUGUAACGGCGAACUCCGUCGCAGCAUCUGCUGUUCCAGCACCAGUACCUGAUUUUCCUGUAGAUUUUUCCACUGCUGACAUUUACAACAGUAGUCAGUAUAACAACAACAUAAAUAAUAACUUCGUAUCUCAGCCGUCCAUGACUAUGCCUGCCUUUAAUGCCUUGAAUCUGCCUAUAUCUACAACAACCAAUGAUCGUUACGCUGCCUUAGCAGAUUUAGAUCUUGAAUUAAGGCAACAAAACUUCAAAAAUAUGGAAGAAAGUAAUAAUGUAAAUAGUAAAAAUCCAUUCCAAAGUUCAGCAACCAAUGACCUAUUUGGUAAUAAGAAUCCUUUCUUUAAUGGAGGCUGGAGUGCUUCACCACCUGUGCCUGUAAAUCCAUUCAUGCCUACUACAAACAACGGAGGAUUUAUGAAUUCGAAAAACCCAUUUCUCUGAUGAGCCCUGCAACCAACUUACGAGUAAGAUAUCAAAGAACAAAAUUAACAAAAAGCACAAAUCGAGCUACAAAUUUUUAUUUUAAACGUAGGUGGAUAAUUUAUUAAUAUUUUUCAAGUUUUUACUAUUAAUCAUUUGUUUACGAAUUCUUACAACAAUGUGCUUAUUAUGGUUGUAAACUUAAGUGCCUAAAUCUGCCUUAAAUUUUAAAAUUUUACAAUGAAAUUUAUUACAGAGGUGUCUAACCUUUCGCACAUAUUUUUAGAAGCCAUUUUUAAAAUUCACAGUAUUGUCUUAUCGAUCUUAUAUUAGUUGUAAGAGAACUAACAUUGUAACUUUCUCACCUAAGGCGAGUAAGUAAAAGUAUUUCCUGCCACGUCACGAUUGUGUAUUUUUAAAUUCGAGCUCUCCGUGUACAGUGGAAAACCGAAAGAUCCGACCAUACUUCAACUGGUGAUAAUUUAAUAACACUAUUUUGUGUGGAGAACGAAAAAAAAUUUGCUUGAUUUAUUUGUUAUCGUCAGUAAUCUUUAGCUGCAGUAUUGUCGAACCUUUUUGUAUAAUCCUGUAUAAUCUCAAGGUCUUGAGGAUUAAAAAUGUUUAUACUCGGCUUUUAAAAAUGUGUGCAGAUAAGACACCACAGUAUUUUAAAAUUGCUAUAGUAUUUUGAAUGUUAGAUAUUAACACGAGAGAGUAUAGUGUGAAUGAAUUGUGGAGUAUUGAAGACGUUGGUCCUAGCUUUAUUCUAAAUUAUUUUAUAGUUAUAGUGUCAAGUGUAUGUUGAAUCAGGCAAUCUUAAUAAUGCGCUUUGUGUUUAAGUGAUGGUUUGAUAAAGUCUUUCCGUCGCAACAAUGUAAACUUAAUUAACAUUGAUGUUAUUUCAAAUUAACACUUAAGACAAGAUGUAUUCAUUCAAUAAAUUUGCGUUCAAAUAUUGGCAACCCUGAAAGUGCCUACAGAUUUGCUCGAUUUUUGAGGGUCGUUACUAUCACAUUAGCGAUGAAUAAAUAUUAAGGUUAAAAUCGAACAAAAUUUUUUAUUAAGUUACACCACAGGCCGAAGGUACAUGUGAAUGCGUGUUAUAGAUGACGAGUUGCCUCAGACCUGUUUUGGCGCAGUACAACGCUGUAAGGGGGAAGUUACCUUCUGUUUAUAUUGUUUCAAUGCCAAGGUAAUGUACCUGAUGUAUUGGUGUAACGUAAUUAUCUUUAAUGUGUUUAUAAGAGGCCUCUCAAGAUCUUUAAUUUUAUCAUAAGAAGAGGCUCGUCUGUGGUAACGCAGACGCGUCUGUAGCGGUGCAUGGAUAGUCCAGUGCUCGGCGAUGGGUGCGCAAACUUUGGCAAGCCAAACUUCAAACGCCAAAUUUUAUUACCCCAGCCCAAGUCUUCACCCGGGCACGAGUUGCAGUGGUCAAUAUGGAAAUCCCUGAAUCGUCUCAAGUUACAAGAGUUGCCGAUGUAGUGAUAAUAUGGUGAAAUGAAGAUAUAUCAACCCGACACAAAAACAUUGUGCUUGCGGAUCCGCCACACAUGUCUCACUUGCUUCCAUAUCCACUGUGUCCUACAAGGCAACAGAUUGGGGGAAUAAAGGUGGCUGCUUACUGGGCCAAAAAAAUAUAACAUUGAUUUUUUGUUGUUUUUGUCAUUGACUGGACAAGAAAACGUUAAUUAUAUGAAAAGAGCGGAGUCAUCCGCUAUGCGAAUGGGAAUCUGUAAGUCACUGACCGCGUGAGGCUGUCUUAUAGUGCACUCGUAUAUAGACGUUUGCUUCUAAAGUAUUCUACACCAUAUUGUGUUACGAUGCAAGAACGUUUGUAGUUUUGGUAUGUGAUGCGUUAUUCGCUGAACGCGGAACACUGCACGCUUUUAUGCCGAUCACGUCCGUAUCCAUUGGCCCAUGGCAGAAGACUGCUAUGUUUCGCUGCGUGUAAAUAUUGCUUAAUGCGUAACACAAUAACUUUGCCGUGCCGAACCGCGCUGGCACCGCUUCGCUCUGCUGUAGUGCAAGUCUACUGAGUGCGGUUCCACCUUUUGUCUUGUUAUAAUUUAGUUGAGUGGUAGAUUGCCCAAUACGUCAGCAUACGCGAAGUCAUCGCGCAACUGUCGUUUUAUUAUCGAGAACGCGCUAAGGUACAAAUUUAUAUACUGAGUACAGUAAUAUGAUUCAUUCCUGAAUUUCCUUCCAAUGUAUUACCGUAGCAUGUGGUUUCACUUGCGAGGGGAGGUAGCAAUGAUUCCGCUCUGAUUUGCCACUCUGCCGUCAACGCUGUUUUAUCAAAAGUCCCACUGCGGAUAAAUCUUGCUAGUGUGACUGUAUAUGUGGAAGGCUACUAGAUUUCAGUUGGCAGAUAUUGCGUUGUUAUUACAGCUAACCGAAAGUUCGAGACGUACAUAACUUGAGAAGGUUUCUCCAGUCGAAAACUACUUACUGCCGAAUUGACGUCGGAGUGACAAAGUCAAGCGGAAACAUUAUUCCUGCCCACCUAAUAAUUACGGUGGCAUUAUAUAUAGUUCCAUCACAAAUUUGGAACAUACACACUUUUUGCUUAGACUGAUUUUCGAGAGAAUACGUAUAUAGUAAUAUGUUAAACGAUACUCUUCACUGGAGACUCUGUUUUACUAGAAUUCAUUGUUAUAUUUUUUAAUAUUGUCACAUUAGAUUACGACUUGGUAUAGCAGCAUUUUUCUGAAAACCGAAUGCAGCGAACUAAAUCUAUUGUUAUCCUUUGCCGUCCCCGC